UGAUGUCCUUAAACGUGUAAAGUAUUUAAAUAUUACAAAUAACUAAUGUGAAUGAUAAUACCUGACAAAACUAUACCGAAAAUUUAUUAAAUUAUCUAAACGUGUAAAAUUUGGAUUGUCGUUGAAGUUUUUUUAUUUUAUUUUAAAUGUUUUUAACUAAUGAAUAUUUCUCUGCGCAUCACGUUCCUGAGCACGUGGGUAAAUAGUGACACAAAACAUGUGGAAGAAGUGUUAGUUUUUUGAAAUCAGACAUGUGAGUUUUGAUUUUCAAAACAACGAAAAAUAAUACAAAAUGACCACAAUAUCCGUUGAUGUUGAAAGAAAAAAUGGGAAAACUGUCGUUGCCGAUUUUAGCAGUACUGGUAAACUGAAGGGAAAGGCUCAUACAAAACUGCGAUUGGGUCAUUUCUGCAACAGCAACACAAGCAGUUCAAGAAAGAGGUCACAGCAGAUAGUGGUUGGAGAGUCCAACAAAAUUUAUUAUGUUGGGAAAAACUUUGGUGAAGGUGCACAAGGAUUGCAAGGGCAGUGCAAAUACUAUGUUGGUAUUGUAAAUGAAGUUACUGGCAAAAUGAGUGUUUGUGAUGCAGAAAUUUUCAAAAUGCAACCCGUUUUGAAAGAUGGACCUGCUGAGUUAGUUUUUGAUGAAGACCAGUCUAAUAUGAGCUUCAGAGAAAAGGCUGACCUGCUGACAACGGCUUUUGGCAGUGCCAAGCAGAAGAAAGGUGUAACUAGACGUCUGCAGACACAGGUCAAAGGUGACUCGUUUGAAAAAUCACUGACAGCUGCAGCAGAUCGUGCUCUCAAAGAAGGCGGCAGCAAACUACUGGCAGGAAUGAACAAAAAUGUAAAUGAAGUUACCACUAUUCCUCCAUGCAAUCGGGAUGCUGAGUUUCCAGAAUAUGUUUAUAACCUCGAUGAUAUUAUUUCUCCAGGAGAGAUGGAAGCUCUGACAGAUCCUGCGAAAACAUUUUACGACAGCACACAAGAACAGAUCAAACAGUGGGAACAGGCAAAAAGUUGUCCGCAGUUUGUGCUCACACGUCUCGCUUAUCUCCCCCUCAACGAAGAAGCAAGAUGGUGGCAUUCAAAAUGUCUUCUUUUUAUGAAAUAUUUAUGCAGACUUUACCUAGUCAAUGCUAAACAGAUGAACAAAAUAUAUGAAAUAUUUCCUGAUGACUGCCCUGAUAUGGUGAAAACAUCAUUGCUCAACAGAUUUACACUACUAGUAGAAGGGACAAAUAAAAAAAAGCCAGUGAGAUGUAUGUCAGCCUGGGUGAAGGACAAGCUAGCGUACUAUAUCCUUGUUCUUGGUCUCAUCAUUGAUCAUUUCAGCACAGACCUACAGUACUUCCAGAAAGAUCUCAGGAUUGGGCAAAAAAAAUUAUUGAUACUGUACCAGAUGCUUGGCUGUAAAAUCACGAAGCAGAAAGAUCCCAAUGGAGUCCAAUCAAAUGACACCUACAUUGCAACACUUUCUAUUCCACUGCAGCCAAUGUUGGACUACAAAGUGAAAGCUUCAAAAUCAAAGAAAUAUCGCUAGUUUAUGACAAAACAACGGUGCUGAUAAAACCAAACAUUUACUCCCCUUCUUAUGGCAGUGAAAGACUAGUUAAGAGACACUGGCCUCAGUGGCUUCGUGGUUAAGCCAUUGGACAUAAGGCUGGUAGGUACAGGGUUCACAGCCCAGUAUUGGCUCCCACCGAGGAGCAAGUUCUAACGCCUCAGUGGGUAGGUGUAAGACCACUACACCCUGUUCUCUCUCACUAACCAUUAACAAACUAAUCACUAACUCACUGUCCUGGAUAGACAGCUCAGAUAGCUGAGGUGUGCCCAGGACAGCGUGCUUGAACCUUAAUUGAAUAUAAGCACAAAAAUAAGUUAAAAGGAAAAUUAAGAGACAAGCUGAUUUAUGUUGUACCUCAUUUGACAAAUAAAUUAAGAACCUCUUACAGCCUUUGGCAAAAAAAAUUUCAGUAUGCACUUUUUUUAGUUUAGUUUGUUCAGCAUACAUGCCUUCCAUAUGUCCAUUCCUUUAUCCCAUAAAUUAUGUUCUUUUGGUGGACAGGUGCAGGAUGUGGUCCAAUGGCGAAGCACUCACCUGAUCCCCAUCAGUGGUCCCAUCCCAUUGGACUAAUUCUUGUUCUAGCUAGUCUUUUACAAAGGCCCUGCUAUGUUCUAUCGUGUGUGUAGAUUGGUGCAUGUAAAGAUCCCACAACUACAUGUAAUAAAAAAAUUUCAAAGUA